AUGCCAUGUGAUGUGCUGCUGCAGCGGAGCAGCAGCAAAAGCAGCAGCAGAAGUAGCAGCAAAAGCAGCAGCAAGAGCAGCAGCAGAUCUUCUUCUGUAGAACCCCCUGCGGCUCCUCGCGGAAGAUUACAGUCAACGUCUUCUGGGGGCCCCGGGGGCCCUAACGCCUCCACUUACAGCAUAACUACAGCAGCACCAGAAGAGCAGCAACCAACAGCAGCAGCAGCAGCAGCAGCAGCAGCUGCUGCUGCUGCUGCUGCUGGCAGCUCACCGUCUUCUCCUGCGGAAUCGCAGCAAAGGGUCUCCGACUCUUGGCGCCAGCUGGUACCCAAAAGUAGGGGCCCCCCAGGGCCCCCAGGGGCCCCCCCUUCGGGGGCCCGUCUAUACACUGCAACUGAGAGGAGACAGACAACUCCUCUAAAUGGACAAGAGAUAUAUCCACAAACAGACACAUUCUCCUCAGCAAAUGCCCCUCCUGGAGGGGUCCCUGGGGGGGCCCCUGCGGGGGCCCCUUGGGGGGCCCCUGGAGGGGCCUCCUGGGGGCACCCCUGGGGGCCCCCUGGAGGACUAAACAGUCCCCUGGAGGCGGAUAGCCCAGCAUUUUCAUAUGGAAAAGGGUCUCUAGGGGGGCCCCCAGGGGGCCCCCCAAAAGGCCCUCCCGGGGGUUCCCAAAGGGGCCCCCCAGGGGGGCCCCUAAAGUCUCCCAGGGCAUCCUUAGGGCUGCCGGUUGUGCCUUUAAGCCCGAGAGAUUUUGCUGUCAGGCGACGCUCGUCGCAGCAGGGGGGCCCUCCACGAAGCAGCAGGGGGGCCCCAGAGGAAUUGACAGGGCAGAAAGGGGGCCCUGGGGGCCCCCAGAUGGAGACAGAGAAGGGAGGGGGUUUGCUGCAGCAAGCAGCAGCAGCUGGGCUGAGAGGCGUCCCUUGCCCCAACUGCAACUUCGUGGUGCCGCUGCAGCACAUAGUGCAGUAUGCAGACUGGCAAAUCAAACAGGCGUUGCCGCUAAGGGGUACUGUCUGGAAGGGGCCCCAGGCCCCUCCGGCCUCCCCUAGCUGGGGGGCCCCCCAACCGAGGGGGCCCCAGCAGCUGGCCAGUAACCCAAUUGCAGCAGCAGCAGGUGCAGCAGCAGCAGCAGAAGCACCAGGGGGAUGGUCCCUUCCUCAGCCUUCUGCUUUUGGGGCGCAGCAACUAGGUGGGGGCCCCUCUUUCCCUGGGGGCCCCCCUAUACCUGGGGGCCCCUCUUUAGCUGGGGGCCCCCCUAUACCUGGGGGCCCUAUUUGCAUGAAAGGGGGCUGCAUAUGGGGUCGGGUGCCUCCUUCCUUCCUCUCGAGUCCCUUCAAUGUGCACUCGUGGGCCCGCUGA